GCGCGCGUGCUGCUCGAGGUGUGCGAGGAGGUUGCGAGCGGCGCGCAGCACUCGGCGUCGCUCCACGAGGCGGCGAGCGGCGGCGGCAGCGACGGCGAGCGAGGCGCGCCUUGUCUCGGAGCGGAGGACUUGCUGCCCAUCACGGUGUACGUGGUGCUGCGCUCGCGCGUCGCGGUGCUGCCCUCCGAGCUCGAGCUGGUGGCGGAGCUGCUGCCGUCCGAGCUCGCAGGCGGGCGAGAGGGCUACGCGCUCACGACGAUGCAGUGCGCGUGCCACGUGCUGCUGCGGACCCCAUUCAGCCAAGGGCUGCUCGAGGCGUGCGGCGCCGAGGCGGAGGCGGGCGCGGGCCCAGCUGGCGCAGCUUUGGGCGACGGGGGUCGGGGAGACCCUGCUUUAUCGUAUUCAGUGAGUCUUUGA